AUGGAAAAGACAUUCACCGAUUUCGUGCAUCAGCACAUUGACACACACCUGAACGUCGUAAUUGAUAUUAAAUUCAAAAACGCGUUGUUCGAUCCACUGAGUUAUUUGCCGAGUGUGGAACGAGCAUGUCGAAGUCAACGAAUUGAGAGAAAACAUGGCGAUAAGUUCUCCAUGCACCGCUUGGUGUUUCUAUUCGGAUGUGAUCGAGUAGAAAAGGAGUGUUUCAGCGAUGAAGAGGAAUUAACAGAGCACAGUCUAAACCUUGUCAGAAGUACGUUCGCUCAUGUCUACUUUGAGCGAGUGCUGAUGAGGGAGGUGCAAUGCUUUGAAGACUUCAUAUCGCUUCUGGAGGGAAUUGGACAAGCACAUAUCCCACCAUUACGGAAGGGGAAAUCGAACGAUCAUUGUCGAGAAGUGAUGUCGGAGACAGCAGAUUCCGAUUUCACAAAGAAAAUGUUACUGCUGGCGGAGCGAUACUCUCUGGACGUUCUAAAAAUGGUCGCAAGUGGAGUGUUGGUGGAUCAGAUUAUCGCGCAUUCAAAUCCACCAGGCGAACUCGUCAGUAUAACGCAUGAGCUUAAACGAAUGGCCAGUGAAAUUCAGGACAGUCUGCCUCCCGAUCCAUCUACUCCAGCUGAAGAAAUGCUUGUCGGUUCAGUGGUUGAAGACCUCCAAUCGCUGACUCGACGCGUGCGACGAGUUUCACUGUCGCAUUCGCCCUCAUCCACUGUGUCCAGCCCGUCCUGCACACCCACCAGGUGGUGCGACUCCCACCGAUGA